AACUGCGACGUUUUCUAAAACCAGCUGAAAAGCUACGUCUGAAACUUGGUGUUAUUUUAGCCGGUAAUAGUAGCCAGCUAGCUGAUCAUUCGAAAAGUACGAUUUCUCUUAUUGUGGAGGGGAAGAUUCACUCUUUUCUUACAAUACUAGCACGUUAGUGUAGUAAACCACUAAACCUUACAAGAAACACAUACGAUUAAACAUUUUCAAGGAAAACCUCGCAGAUUAAUUCCAGGCAAACUAUCUGGCCUAUAGUUUAACAGAAGCUGAGUCCCGAUAGUGUUACAUAGCAUAGAUUGCCUGCUGAUUAGAACUUAUUCAUGUCUGCUAGCUAGCUCGCUAGCUAAACCGAAUGCUGCUUUGUGUUGCACUAGCCUUAAGCUAGCCCGCCUAGCUUUACCACUGUUGUCUUAGAAAUGUCGAACAUCCCCAACGAAGCUGUCGUCUUGCUUAAAGACGUCAAACCAGGAUCGAAAAAUCUAAAUAUCGUCUUUAUUGUUUUGGAAAUAGGUCGCGUGACCAAGACAAAGGAUGGCCACGAAGUGCGCUCGUGCAAAGUGGCGGACAAGAGCGGCAGCAUCGCCAUCUCGGUGUGGGAUGAGCUGGGCAGCCUCAUCCAACCUGGAGACAUCAUUCGCCUAACAAGAGGCUAUGCCUCUAUUUGGAAGGGCUGCUUGACCCUCUACACUGGAAGAGGUGGAGACUUACAGAAGAUUGGAGAGUUCUGCAUGGUGUACUCGGAGGUACCAAACUUCAGUGAACCAAAUCCAGAGCUUUUAGCCCAGGCUAACAUGCAGAAUAAGACGGGUAAAGGAGAGCAGCGUGGCAAUUCUCCUCCCAAUCAGAAUUCGGGUACACCAGCACAAACAGGAAACGGUGCCAUGCAGACAUACUCCAAUAGCACUGCCCCCGUGCCUCGUGAUCCCAACUUCGGGGGUCCAGGCAGAACCAACGGCCGUGUCCCUGGCAACGGACAACCCCCUUUGACUGUGGGAGGGCCUCCUGCCCCUCCUAAACCCUCAGUCACCAUCAGUAAUGGCAGGGACCCUCGCCGAGCCUCUAAGAGAUGA